AUGUUGUCGUUAGCCGAUCCGCAAUCCUACGCUGUCGUUUUGCACGGAGGGCAUGAGUCCGUCCAGGUCGUUCAAGCGGAUCCGAGCACAGAUGCCGUGUCCAGGAAUGAUUCCUACCCUCUUACCCCUGGGUGUUCUCUUGACCUCAUAAACGAGCGCGAUGAGGGAUAUGGUUCGGAUCGCUCGCUGUCACCAAGCGAAGGCAAUAACAUCCUUGACGCUGUCGCUCCUGCUAAAGCUCGUCAUGAGGCCGAGUUGUUGUUCGAGAAUGCUCUGCAGAGCCCGGAGACAGCUGAGGAAUUGAUUAAGGCGACCCGCGGUGAGCUCGCCACUGCGCUUCAACAACUACUCCAAGAGAAACUUGAUGAGUCUAGAGUGGAUUCCACCAUCCAAUUCGACUUUUUCAGCGAGUAUGAUGACGAUAAGUUUGUUCCAAGUGAGAAUCGCACGUUCCUGCGGUACUUGCUUAAGCUGUCCCGCAAUCCGGGCUUCGUACCCACAUCGUUUCAUGUGAAGGGCGUCAAAUGCGGCGAGAGCGAGCCCACAACGUUCGGGGGUUGCUCUGACGUAUUUAAAGGCGACUUGAAUGGUGAAGUUGUUGCCUUGAAGCAACUUCGAUUCAACAAGUCCAUGAAUGUAGAUAAAUCAAGCAAGGAGUUCCUUCGCGAAGCAAUUGUCUGGCGCCAGUUGCGGCAUCCCUUCAUACUUCCGUUCCUAGGUAUCGACAUCGAGACAUCCAGAGGAAGACCGCCCAAACCGCGAAUGGUUUCGCCCUGGAUGGUCAACGGUAACGUCAUCGAUGCCGCAAAAAGAAUGACCCUUCAACAGGAGUCUGUCCCGGUGGAUAGAUGGUUACUCGAAGCGGCGAAGGGCGUGGAGUACCUCCACAAGCAGGAAGUGGUACACGGUGAUAUACGCGGCGCAAACAUACUGGUCAACGAGUCAAACCAAGUACAAAUCACUGACUUCGGCCUUUCAACUAUAACCGAUGCUACCACGAUCACUCUCGGCUCUCACAAAGGUGGGACAUUACAAUGGAUGUCCCCCGAAUUGUUAGAGGGCAAAGAAAUCAGGCGCCCAACGAAGGAGUGCGAUGUAUACUCGUUUGGCUGCUUUUGUGUGGAGCUCUAUACAUUGCGAACUCCCUAUCCACUCAUCAGGGUACAGCAUCAGGUCUAUUUGCAUGUUUGUGGAGGCAAUCGACCUUCACGACCGACUAUCCCCAGAGUCAUGUCAGAUACGCUAUGGGAGCUCGUUCAACGUUGUUGGACAUCAAACUAUUCGGCAAGGCCCAGCAUUUCGUGCAUUAUAGAGAACUUAGCGUAUCUUGGAUGUUAAGCGCUUUGCCCCCUCAAUUUCUCUUGUUGUCCUUAGUAGAUAUUUCUUUUGGUUGUAUUUUUCGAAAUGGACCAUAGUAUGUUCACUUUUGUUGUCCCUCCCCCCCCUCUAUGAGUGGUCCCGAAUUGUUCUAAUAUUUUGCUUUUUUGCUCAUGUGAAAGUAUUACGUAGAGAAAUAUCAUGGCAAUAAUAUUUUGCAUAUUGACGAGCAUUUGAUGUUUUAAGGACAAG